CACCACUCCUUCGAUGUGCGGCCACCACUCCUCCUCCGCCGCCGCCGCCGCCGCCGCCGCGUCGAGUGCAAGGGCUUCUGGGAGCCGAGCCUCGGGGUCUCGGAGAAGGGGCGCAGGUGGCCGCCAUCUUGGAUUGCGAACUGGGUCGCUACGCUUCACGCCAGGGGCGGAGUGGCGGCCCUUCUGUUACCCGCCACACACGUCGCCGCUGGGGACUGGGAAAUCAGGGCAUCGGAGCGUGCCACAUUAAUGGGGCGACAGCGGUCGCGGGGGCGUGGCAGCCGGACCUUUCCCUUGCGGACGCGAAGGCGUGAUGCCAUGGCUAGUCCAGGGAAAGAUAACUAUAGAAUGAAAAGUUAUAAGAAUAAAGCCCUAAAUCCUCAAGAGAUGCGUAGACGAAGAGAAGAAGAAGGAAUACAGCUUAGAAAACAAAAAAGAGAAGAACAGGAAGAAGUUGUUACUACAGAUAUGGUUCAGAUGAUUUUUUCUAAUAAUGCUGAUCAACAGCUAACAGCAACACAGAAAUUUAGAAAGCUGCUUUCUAAAGAACCUAAUCCACCAAUAGAUCAAGUUAUACAGAAACCAGGAGUUGUACAGAGAUUUGUGAAAUUUCUUGAAAGAAAUGAAAAUUGCACUUUACAAUUUGAAGCUGCAUGGGCAUUAACUAAUAUAGCAUCUGGAACUUUUCUGCAUACCAAGGUAGUGAUUGAAACUGGGGCUGUUCCGAUUUUUAUCAAACUUCUUAAUUCUGAACAUGAAGAUGUUCAAGAACAGGCUGUUUGGGCACUUGGUAAUAUUGCUGGUGACAAUGCAGAAUGCAGAGAUUUUGUUUUGAAUUGUGAAAUACUUCCACCUCUUUUAGAGUUAUUAACAAAUUCAAACAGACUCACAACAACAAGAAAUGCUGUGUGGGCCCUCUCAAAUUUAUGUAGAGGCAAAAACCCUCCUCCAAACUUCAGUAAGGUUUCACCUUGCUUAAAUGUCCUGUCACGACUGUUGUUUAGCAGUGACCCAGAUGUGUUAGCAGACGUGUGUUGGGCCCUUUCUUAUCUCUCUGAUGGACCCAAUGAUAAAAUUCAAGCAGUCAUUGAUUCUGGAGUCUGUCGAAGAUUGGUGGAACUUUUGAUGCACAAUGAUUAUAAAGUUGUAUCACCUGCAUUAAGGGCAGUUGGUAAUAUUGUGACUGGUGAUGAUAUUCAAACACAGGUAAUUUUGAAUUGUUCUGCGUUACCCUGUCUCUUACAUUUGUUGAGUAGCCCAAAGGAGUCAAUUAGAAAAGAAGCCUGCUGGACUGUUUCUAACAUCACUGCUGGAAAUAGAGCUCAGAUUCAGGCUGUUAUAGAUGCAAAUAUUUUUCCUGUUUUGAUUGAGAUUCUUCAGAAAGCAGAGUUUCGUACCAGAAAAGAAGCAGCUUGGGCUAUAACUAAUGCAACAUCAGGAGGUACUCCAGAGCAAAUAAGGUAUUUGGUAGCCUUAGGCUGCAUUAAACCACUUUGUGAUCUUUUGACUGUUAUGGACUCCAAAAUAGUCCAAGUGGCUUUAAAUGGACUUGAAAAUAUUUUACGUCUUGGAGAACAAGAAUCUAAGCAGAAUGGAAUAGGCAUUAAUCCAUACUGUGCUCUCAUUGAAGAAGCAUAUGGUCUGGAUAAAAUUGAGUUUUUGCAAAGCCAUGAAAAUCAGGAAAUUUACCAGAAGGCAUUUGAUCUGAUUGAACAUUACUUUGGUGUAGAAGAAGAUGACCCCAGCAUUGUACCUCAAGUGGAUGAAAACCAACAACAGUUUAUAUUUCAGCAGCAGGAAGCACCAAUGGAUGGAUUUCAACUUUAACUUACUGGAGGAAAAAAAAUUUAUGGCUAAAAAGGGUAGCUUCAGGUAACUCCUCUUUGUUGCCAAUGUCAGUAAGAAUGUUUGUUUUUUUACAUAGAACAGUAAAGAGAAUUUGAUGCACUUUUAGAAAGCAAAAUGAAACAAAAAUUUCCAUUCAGAUGCAACCUUUCAUUGUAGUUUGUUGUUGUUUUAGUUUUGUUGCCGUGCCUGUAUUUAUAUCUUCUGUUGUUUGGAUUUUUGUAUCUAUUUGUGAAUAAUUGAAUAUGCAAUUAUUUAGUAAUUUAAGCUUGAAAAGGAGAACUUUGGUGAAGUAUUACUUAGUAAUUCUGAAUUUUUUCAAGCAUUCUUGGAAACUGCACAUUAGCAGUAAACCUAUUGAUAAUUGCAUUUUGGCAGUAAGUCUUACACAUCCAAUCUCUACUAAAUCUACCUCUAUCUUGAAGCAGAAAUAAAAACAAAAAAGCUUCAGAAGCAUGAAAUAAUGCAAAUGCUAAAUUAGAAUGUGAAAAUAUUUAUUACCUUAAAUUAUGCAUAUCACUGUGCUGUAGGUUAUACUUUGCAAAAAACUGCAACAGAAAACCUAUAAAAUUUAUUUAUAAAACAGAAGAAAUAUUGUACUGAUAAUCCAUUAAAAUGUGGCAAUUGUGAAGGGAGAAGCUGUUUUUCAUGUUGAACACUUUAGAAAGAUUACUUUACAAAAUGUUUAAAUAUUUCUGUUUUUAACAUAUAAGUGCUAUGUAUAUUAGUAUAUUUUGUAUUUCAACCAAAUAUGCUACCAUUUUUGAAAUAGUGUUUUAUUGUUUUUCACUCAUUGUUUUAAAGAGCAUCAUGACAGAGAUGUCAUCAUGAAUCUAAAGUAGUGCUGCAUAUCUAAAAUAAUAACUAAUUAUUUCUCUGAUUUUUCAGAGCAGUAAUUGAAAAGUUUCAUUUUCUACAUAAUAGUACUAGUUUAAGUACAAGUUUAGGUACUUGAAUGACGAAAUUAUCCUGAAGAAAUAACCUUAUUAUGUGUUAAAUUGUAUUAAAUGCAUUUAACAUUUGGAUGCUAAAUGAUAAUGAAAAUUGCUAAAGAUUCUUUAAUAUGGUUCAAAUCUAUAAUAGACUUUUUUCUUUUAGUAAUACUCAGAGGGUCAUACUGCUGCUUGUUAUGAAUCAUAGAUUACAUUCAUGUCAGAUUGGUCAAUAUGUAUGUUUUAUGAUUUAACAGCAAAAACCUCUUCAAACUGAAAGUUUAAAAGAAAGGUUUCAAUAGAAAAAUUAUAUAUAUAUUUAUUUAUACAUAUGUGUGUGUGUGUUACUCUCACAGUUCAACUACUGUUGAACUCAAUCUUUUAAUUUAUAGUUAUACGUAGGCUAUUUACGUGUCCAAUUAUAUACCUAGAAUACUUACUUAAAACUUAGUUUACAACUCUUUUUAAGAUGAGAACUAAGGCAAUUUUGAUAUGAUUCAUGGUCUAUUCUUUAAAAAAAAGAUUUCAUUUGUGAUAGUAUUUGUAAUGUUUCUGCUGGAAAUCAGAGGCACGUUCCAAGAGGAAAAUGUAUAUAGGAGUACUUUUAAAGAAUAUGUCACUUUGUAAAUUACAUAUCAUGAAACUAAGCUUUUGACAAGACACUUAAAACCUACAGCUGUAAAAUACAGGUUUAAAUGGUGUUCGUAAUGCUGAGUGCAUCUGCCAGCCCUUUUUUAUUAUUAAAUAGAAGAUUGUAUCUGUGCCCCUUUUUUCAUAGUGGAAGGUAUAUAGUUGAGUAUAAAAUGGUUUUCUUUUGCAUUAUCCGUAUUCAAAAAACAGGGUAGUUAUAUUAAAGCUUACCAAAUCGAUGGUGAAUUUAUCAGACUAACAUUUUUGUGGUGCAGAUGGUUCUAAGUAUCAGGUAACAGGGUAUUCUACUCUUUCUAGUCAAUUAAAAUUGAUAAUGCAGCAUGAUUCAUAAACUAACCAGCUGUGCCUCCUUUUAUUUCGAGGACCCUGUAGUCACUAUAAUAAAUUUCUAAGCCAAAUUUUUCAAACAAGGUAGUUCUUAUAGAAGGAAAAAUAAUAAAUAUGUGUGUGUUCAUGCAUGCACACAGAAUGACCUGUGAAAGGAAACUUAAAUUUUGCCGGUAAAACAAACAUAUCUCUACAGACUGUGAUUAUACUUCAUAAGCAUUUAAAUACAGUUUUAUUUAUUUCCUUAAA